AUGCCCGUCUUUGAUCUGAAGAAAAACCUUGUCUUUUAUGGCGCAUACCACCGCGAACCAACAAAUGUCGCCAUCCACAUAGCCUGCGUGCCCGUCUUACUUGCGACAGGAAUUCUAUUCGGCACAAACACACCCACCCUCCCCAUCCGUCAACACCCUCUCCUUACACGCCUCAACCUCCCCUUAAACCUGGGUACCAUCGCCGCGGCCACCUACUCAACACUCUACCUCCUCCUCUCCCCCAAUCUCGCUGGCGUGACUGUCACACCCAUAAUCCUCGCCUUCGCAUCGCUCUCCAACCGCCUUACGCAGCGCUACAACAAAACCAAGGUCAACAGCAUCGCCGUCGCCGUCCAUGUUGUAAGCUGGAUACUGCAAUUCGUGGGACACGGAAAGUUUGAAGGGCGGAAACCUGCGCUGCUGGAUAAUCUUGUACAGGCCCUGUUUUUAGCGCCCUUGUUUGUGUGGUACGAGGUCUUGUUCAAGAUGGGAUUUUACAAGGGGUUGAAGAGAGAGGUCGAGGCAGGUGUUGAGGCAGAGAUUGCGAAGCUCAAGGCGAAGAACGUAAGCAAGGGAAAGGAGGUUGUGGAGGAUGAUGCUGUGGACGCUGUGGAUGCUAUGGAUGAUGUGGUGGAUGCUGUUCUGGAUGAAGAGAAGGAGGGUAGUGAUGAAGUGUGA